AUGGUCAACGUCGCGAUUGCUGGUGGUACCGGUGAUGUAGGGAGAACCAUUCUGGAGAUAUUGCAAGACUCUACCAAACACCAGGCAUUUGUUCUAUCUCGAAAGUCAUCGACAGGAACCCCAAACACUCUCGUGGCUGACUACAAAGAUAUCGAUCAACUCGCCUCCCUGCUUGAGGACAAUAAGAUCCAUACAGUCGUCUGCGCACUAUCGGUUGAGGGGGACUCCCUUGAAUCGGCGCAGCUGAACCUGAUCAAGGCAGCUGCACGAUCCCAGGCUACAAAACGCUUUAUCGCAAAUGGAUUUGCUAUCCCUUACCCCAAGGAAGCCCUGGAGGUAUUACCCCAGCUCAAGGUUUAUUUCGACGGACUGGACGAGCUUCGUAGGUCAGGACUGGAAUGGACUGUAUUUCACAUUGGGAUGUUCAUGGACUACUUCGCCACCCCGGCCUUGAAGUCAUACCUUAAGCCACAUAUCGCUGCAUUUGAUCUCGAAAACAAGGUCGCCGCCAUCCCAGGAGAUGGUAACGUCCCCGUCACUUUGACCUAUUCGUUUGAUAUGGCCAGAUUCCUGGUUGCGUCGCUGGACUUGGAGAACUGGGAAGAAGAGAGCCGUGUUGUUGGGGACGAGAUAACCUGGAAUGAGUUUCUUGCUCUAGCCGAGGACGCUCGUGGAUCCAAAUUCGAAGUUCAUUACGAUGACAUUGAGAAGUUGAAGAGGUUCGAGAUCACCGAGCUGCCGGCCCAAAAGGCUCUCUACGAUCGGUUCCCGAAGGAGGCAUUCCAGUGGUUUACCUCGAUUUUUGAACGGUUUACUGCUGAUGGCAACUCUCACAUUCCCAAGGCUGGUAGCUUGAAUGAACGGUUCCCCGCCAUCAAGACUCUGUCGGUUAAGGAGAUGCUUAAUACUUACUGGAAAAGUGGAUGA